GCUUUUUUUUUUUUUUUUUUUUUGGACUCUGUACAGCAUAAGUAGGCUGUAUGCAACAUAUUUACUUUAAUGAAGGAAUGAACGAAAGAUAACAAUAAUAAUAAUAAAGUGGAACGCGUAUAUUUGUGUGCGGAUAGUGAGGGAGGUGCCACAUCGCUUCCAGUUCUGUUGUGUCAGGGAAAUCGACAAGAUGGAUCACCAACACCAGGCAGUGAGCAGAUACCAAGUGUUAAACAAUGAGGAUGAGGUCUCCGAGUCCUCUGUGAGUGAGGGGCCCUCUGGUUCGGCACAGACUGCGCCCCUUUCACAGACUGCAGAGUCACUGGAGUCAGACACUCCUCCGCCUCCAUACAGCAGUGUUGCAGCAGGAGCAACUGCAGCUCCAGAAGGAGAUUUUCAAAAUUACCCUGUGCCACCUCCAUACAGUGUUGCUACCACAUUGCCCACUUAUGAUGAAGCAGAAAACGCUAAAGCUGCAGCAAUGGUGGCUGCUGCAGCGGAUGUAGCUCCAAGUGAAGACGACUAUCCACCAAGAGAUGACUUCAGUGAUGCAGAUCAACUGAGAGUUGGCAAUGAUGGGGUAUUCAUGCUAGCGUUUUUCAUGGCAUUUCUUUUCAACUGGGUUGGCUUUUGCCUGUCCUUCUGCUUGACCAAUACCAUUGCAGGACGCUAUGGUGCUAUCUGUGGAUUUGGACUUUCCCUGAUUAAAUGGAUCCUUAUUGUGAGGUUUUCCGAUUAUUUUACUGGAUACUUCAAUGGUCAGUACUGGCUGUGGUGGAUAUUCCUUGUUCUUGGCCUCCUCUUGUUCAUCAGAGGAUUUGUGAACUAUCUGAAAGUUCGUAACAUGUCCGAGAGUAUGGCAGCUUCUCAUAGAACACGGUUUUUCUUCUUGUACUAAAGAUGAUGGUAGCUAAACAUUCCUUCCUGAUGUGAAAUUCCUAGACAAUUUGCAACCUACCAAGUUAACUGGAUACAAAGUCACUGGGAAAUAAAUAAAUGAACAAAGAAAAUAUCCAAACCAAAAGAUUGUCAGAUUAAGCUCUGUUUACUUUUAAAUUGCAGAUGGAAAUGGUCUUGCUUAGAUUAGCCAUAUUGUAUUGCUACAGUAAGGUAAAGUCUGUAAUUAUCAAAUGUACUUCAAUCCAAUCUAAAAUUGAGCCAACCAUAUGCAAAUAAAGAGCUCUAUGCAAAUAAAAUGUUGUUCCCAAAACUGGAUGUCAGAAACUGACGUUUUUCUAUUAAUUGAUCAUUAACUUGGUAUGCCUUUUGGAAUAAAUGUUUUAAACCUUUUUAAGUAACUGAAAAUCAAACAUUUUUAAUCAGCAUUACUGAUGUUUCCAACAAAUAUAACACAUUAAUUAGGAGGGUUUUAUUAAGUUGUAGCUUAAAUUGUAUAUGUUUCGUUAAGCUUUUGCUGACAAAUAUUAAAUAUGCACUAUGGAGUAAAUCAUUUUAUUUUUUUCUUGUUUAGGUAGGCUAUAUUACAGCAGUUACACCUUAAUUUUAUGCAUGUAGUUGCGGGUCAGAUUACCCAGAUGAGAUUAAAACUGGAACUUGUAUGAACUGUAGCCCAAAAUCACAAUAAUUGCCUUUUGGACAUUUGCCCUAUUAUAUUGUUCCUUCCUGCCACUUUUUUUUUUUUUUUUGUGGUAACAAUAAUGCAAAUUUUGAUUUCUUAUAUGAAGGAUUUUUUGUUUUUUAAUUAACAUGUUAAUGCACUUUGGGGGGGUGGGGGGUGGGGGGGAAUAAAAGAACAAAAAAAACAACUGUCUUAAGAAAAAUCUUAUUAGUUAGCAACCAUCAAAGCAGUCUGCAUGGUUAACUUAUUAGUGAUUUUACCUUUUCAUUUGAACAAUAAAUGUUUAAAAAUAUAUAUAUAUUUCUCUAACAUGCUGGAAGACAUUUAAUGUAAGUUUGUAAAACAACUGGAAACUUAUUCAUUACAUAAUAUAAAGACAAUGUAUGUUUACCACUUGCUGUCUUAAUAAUUAAUGCCAAUAAAAGCUCAAGAUAUCGCUUU